UAUCCUCACGACAUCCUCAUGUACAUAUUCCUGCUCCUGCGCCAAUGAGAACAUGGAGGGUCUAUAGAGCACAGUCGAUUGCACCGCGGGGACUCCCACCAUGGACCGCACGCUCCGCCACGGGCCAUGGGAGGCCGCUGUCGACAACAUCGGGCGACAUACCUCCAGCACAGGACAGCAUCCCAGCCAGGAAGCUGAGAUCGCCAUUGGAAAGACGAUAUCCGGUCUUUGAGAGAUUCUCCCAUGUUCCAAGCGAUGCUGCUGCCUGGACGGCCCUACUGGAUGGUGCAUUGCCGCCACAUCUCCGCAGCGCCAAUGUCACGCCUCCUGCAUUGCCAUUGAGUGCUGUGGAUGUUGCGCAAAUAUUGCUGGCUGCUCAGUAUCCUUGGAAGGGGGGGCAUGAGCCAAUGGACCUCCUGUACCACCUCGGUAUCGAACAGGGUCGAUGGAGUGCUGUAGUGUGGUUGAUCAAGAAGUUGGUGGAUAAGUUUCCCGCUCGCCAUGCCGAGGAGUCCAGACUAGCGAGAGUGGGCAGCAUUUGGCAAAAAGUGCCAGAUCUGUACGAGGCCAGCAGACAGCCUCUGCAAUUCGAGGUCGAGGACAUGGGAUCAGCAACAAAUUCCACGCCAUCACGAUCCUUGGACGACUUACUGGAUGGAUUACACCCGGUGCACAAAAAUCGCGAAGAAUCCUUACGUCAUGAUGCUCUUGGACAAGUCUGGCGCACCUUAGGCGCGAUGGUCAAGGCAUGUGUCGGAGGGGAGACGAAGCCUGAAGUGUUGGAAAUUAUAGCAUAUCUGCAUCACCGCGAAGUCAUGCCCUUGGCCAUUUAUCAGGCCGAGCCCAAUUCAGACAGCUCUGCAAUCCAGCAGCCACCACUGAUUCCCUUUCUGUCCUCUCGCAUCUUGACCUCGCUCUCAGAUGCUGCGUGGCGCGCCCACGAAAAGCUCGUCGUAGAUGAAGCACGUGCGAAUGGUAGUCAGUAUGCUACGUUCCGACCAGAGAUACCCGGCAGCGUCUUUCGAGUCCACGUCGCUGGUCUACGCGCUGAGGUAUGGAUGGAGCUGAUUCUCUGGUCGUGCCUGUACGGUGGUUGGAUUCGGCAAGGUAUGGAGGUACUUCGUUCAUUAGUCACGGAUAAGACACACCGAUGGGCCCCUUUAUCAUGGACAGACUAUCAAAAGUCACUGCCGUCCAACUAUGGGACAGAACCUCGAGAUUGGAGGUCCUGGGAGUUCCUCUUCAAGACCAAGUCCGCGACGUCGAUGGACGACGCACACGCCCCCAUCCAAUCUGUGGAGCGCACCAUUAGCGGAGAAGUUGUCAAUGCCUAUAUCGAUGCCGUGUCGUGCACAGUCAAUGUCGGCGUAGGUGCACGAGGCGUCAAUGUCGAAGAUGUGUUGGAUGCGCUCCAUGACUUCAAGAAGUUCUUGAAAUGGCAUAAGCAAAGCCUUAGCUUCGGCACAUGGAAUUCGUUGAUGCUCCGCAUUCUUGAUACCAACAGUAUUACGCCCGAACACGACAGUGGGAAUGCGCGCAAGGUGGUAGCCAUGUCAGAUGGGUUCGGAGAUGGCCUGUACGAUGCCAAUACCCAGCAUAUGCCAGCCUAUGUCCAAGAUGGCAGCAUGGCGAUGCAAGGUGUUCUCCACCGAGCACUGUACGGCCAGGUCGCCGCCGGCAGUUUCGAAGGUGCUCUUGCAGUGUUCAAGCAAAUCCAGCAUCGCGCAGAUGUAGACAAGAUCAAGUCAGUGGCGAGCUUCUUUGGGCAAGGUUCUCGUAUGAGACGCAGCGCGAAGACGUCCCUGUUCCAAACACUAGAUCGACAAGACAUGUUUACAAGCAAUGUUUCCAGCGUCGAUUAUCCUGCUUUCGAGGUGCAGAUUCCGCCCACUGUGCUGGCACGUUUCCUGGACCAAGUGACCCAAGCAAACGCCUUUGAAUUCGGCCGCUGGCUACUUCACAAGGCCGAUGUUGAUGGGCCCGUCAUACGACCCACUGCCUAUAAUGAUACGCACCUCCAGCCUGCUCUGAUACGCUUUGCUGCUGCCAGUAACGACGAAGCUCUUCUUACAAAGUUCAAGGACAGCCAGUUAGGAAGAGAGUCAUUGAGAUCAGUCUUCGACAGUCUAGUACAGCGGCGUCAAUGGGACGACGCAAGACAAGUGUUGGAACAUCUUGCCAGCACGCCAGGGCCCAAGUUUCGCAACGCCAACCUUGCUAAUCUGGUGCGCACAAUGCUUCUUCAGGUGCCUGCGGCCGAUGAGGAUAACACGGCAAGCAAACAGCACUUGGAACGCGCAAAGGUCCUUCUGGCUGAUAUGGUGUCCCUCAAGUUUGAGCCACGCAAACAAGCAUCUCCAGAUAGGCGUGUCGUGAUACAGUCGUUGCUCACUGUUCUGGCAGCUGUCGACUCCACGUGGUUCCACUUCGCAUACGGCCUGCGUAUAGUGCGAGCUGCGCACCACAAGUUUCGCAUGCUGCCAACGGAUUUCAACAUUAUAUUAGAAGGCGUGGUCACAACGAAAGGCAGUGCCGCUGGACGUCAUCUGCUUGGGAUAUUUUGGCCGCACUCUGCACGUAGUACAUACGAUGCACCUAUCAAGAUGGUAGGGGACAAGGAAAUGCAGAAGCGUAUGCCUCGUGCUCGACCGGAGAUUUUGAACAGCAUCCAGCGCCAGCGAAUAGUCGUCGCGCCGAGAGAUCAACCGGAUCUGUACCAGCUCGUGGUGUAUGGAGCAAUGAUCCCAAACACCAACACGAUUCUCAUCAUUCUUCGUAGAGCAUUAGAGGAGACCCAGACGUCGCCCGGAAUCGCUGCGUCGACAUUCCAGCCGAACACAGUCUCUACACAUGAACCGGACAUCGCUGCUAAUGAUACGAUUGAUAUGUCACCACGUGGAAUAGUCGCAUGGGCUGUGCGGCGACUGGCUGAGCUGCCGUAUGUGGAAGGAAGCAUUAUCGAGGAGCUUGAGCAGACCCUGACUGAGUUGGGUAUGGACGAGCUACGAGCUGAUCUACCCAAGAUUUGUGAGGUAGUGGAGACAGAGCUUGACAUGGAAAUCUUCUGAGCUCGAUCCUUUGCCGUAGCGAAUUGCGAGGGCGAUACCUUGGUAACGGGAAGGGGAUGACGGAUUGACCCAUGAAUGCCAUUUGAAUGUCUGAGAAACGGGCAGUGAUGAAGCCAGAGUCAGCAUUUCUGUGGUGUAUACAGCUGGUAUGGCACAGAAUAACGUGUACAGCGCGCCCACUUGUACAAAUGAAUUUUGCAGCAGGCUUCAAUGAACAAUCACACAUCCAUUCCGUGAUAUCCGUGUUGCGACCUUGGACUAUCUGACACUCACUCCACAUGUUCGUACAGAUAGAUAGCGUGCGCUCUCGCUUGCGACUUAUAACAUGUAGUUGACA